UACCUGUAGCAGCUGAAGGAGGUGGAAAACCCGAUGGAUGAAGGAUGUGAGGGCAGCCAUCUACAACAAGCCUUGGGGUAUAUUUGAAGAGGGAACGUCAGUUAAUCUCUGCCUGGAGGCGAAAUUAUAUUCGUCACCGCGCCGACUGUGUUUGAAAUAGGCGUCCACCUCUACCAAAUAAACCUGUCAUAGACCCGCUUCUCUGGAAUCCAGGGAACAGAGGUCUCGGCGUUCAUUACAGGUUGCCCGCAAACUAAAAUGUGCCAUCACUGGAGCUGAAAUGCUGUUGAGUCUUCUCGCAGGAGGAUUCGGUGAACUGGACGCGCUUUAAAAUAUGACAGGUCAAGUCCUGGGUGAACCGGGCGGCAGGGCUCACAUGGAUGACAACGCCGCCAUCCGCAUCAACGUGGGCGGCUUCAAGAAGCGUCUCCAGUCGGACACUCUUUCCCGGUUUCCCGAGACGAGGCUUGCGCGUCUGCUCCAUUGCCAGUCCAAAGAGUCCAUCCUGGAACUGUGCGAUGACUACGACGACACAGAGAAAGAGUUUUAUUUUGACCGGAACCCAGCGCUCUUUCCCUACGUGUUGAAUUUUUACAACACAGGGCGACUGCACGUCAUGGCCGAGCUGUGCAUUUUUUCUUUCAGCCAGGAGAUCGAGUACUGGGGUAUUAACGAGUUCUUCAUUGACUCCUGUUGCAGCAGCUCCUACCACUGUAGAAAAAUGGACCAGGACCGGGAGGACUGGGAUGACCGCAGCGAUGAAGGAAGCACCACUUCAUCUUUUGACGAGCUGUUGGAGUUUUACAACGACGCGUCCAAGUUUGACAAGCAGCUCUUCGGGAGCGCAAGGAGGCGCAUCUGGUUGAUGCUGGAUAACCCCGGUUACUCAGUGGCCAGCCGCAUCAUCAGCAUCCUCUCUAUCCUGGUGGUGCUUGGUUCCAUAGCCACUAUGUGCAUGAACAGCAUGAGUGAGUUCAGCCUGUUAGACAGUGAAGGCCAACCCACAGAGGACCCACGUUUUGAAACUGUGGAGCACUUCGGCAUCGGUUGGUUCACUCUGGAGCUGGUGGCCAGGUUCGCUGUUGCGCCAGAUCUGCUGCACUUCUUCGAUCAUCCGUUAAAUGUGAUAGACCUGGUGUCCAUACUUCCGUUUUAUCUGACACUUCUUAUAAACCUGGUGGUGGAGAGCAGCCCCGCACUGGCUAACCUAGGACGCGUCGCGCAAGUGCUGCGGCUGAUGAGAAUUUUCCGCAUCCUGAAGCUGGCCCGUCAUUCCACAGGGCUGCGCUCCCUGGGGGCCACACUCAGGAACAGCUACAAAGAAGUGGGGCUGUUGCUUCUCUACUUGGCCGUCGGGGUUUCGUUUUUUUCCGUCAUGGCCUAUACGGUGGAGAAAGAGGAUAACGAGGAUCUCACCACCAUUCCUGCAUGUUGGUGGUGGGCCACCGUCAGCAUGACCACCGUGGGAUACGGUGAUGUGGUGCCGGUGUCUAUUGCCGGCAAGCUGACCGCCUCUGCGUGCAUCCUGGCCGGGAUCUUAGUAGUAGUGCUUCCGAUUACGCUCAUUUUCAACAAAUUCUCCCUCUUCUACAAGAGACAGAAGCAACUGGAGAUCGCAAUGAGAAGCUGCGACUUCGACGAGGGGAUAAAACAGGUGCCAUCUGUUAACCUGAGGAAUUAUUACGCACAUAAAGUAAAAUCCCUCAUGGCGAGCUUGUCAAACAUGAGCCGGAGUUCACCCAGUGAACAGAGUCUAAACGAAUCAAUACACUGAAACAGUUUCAUGAGGGACACCCAAUCAGUUUGGGUGACGUUGUUCAAUUCAUGUGGCCUAUCGAGGAGCUGUCCAGAGUGCUGAAAUUCUCUGGACUAAAAGUCUACUUCCUUCCACUGAUGUCUGACCGUUUGCCUCUCUGUAGCUCAGUGCAAUAAUAUGUUAAUUUAUGUGUCCAUCACUAUGAAAAAAUAAGCAAAUGUAGAGGACAACCUGAACAUCAUGUCUCACUGUGCACUAAUAUGGGCCCUCAACAAAUAGGCCAGAAUUUGACCACAUCAGAUGAAAAAGAAAAUGCUGUAGUUGUUCACAGUCACAGACAGUGUCACACUAUAGUCCACUUUUCAGCUAUACAUGUCGUGAUCAAAUAUGUCUGAAG